AUGGCUUCCAAGGAGACCGACGUCCACGCAGCGGUAGCUGAGAUCGACGACACCGCGGAGAAAGGAGAUCAUGAAGGGCAAGGCUUCGCGAGAUUUGAAGAGAAGCACAAGUCGACUCUCGAAGUCCACGAAGUGAAAGAGACGGAAGAGAACGCGUGCAACGAACCGCUCAAUCUCCAAGAAGAGAAAGCGGCAGCUGAGGUUCUGGCCGACCCAAGACUGGUGAACUAUCCUGUUCAGCUUGUGGCGCGCAUUGUGGAUCUCGAGGAUGAUUUCGACGAGCCCGUACUGACCUUUCGUUUCUGGAUCUUGACGACCUUCUGGGUAAUAAUCGGCAACAUUGUAGCAACGAUUUUUGAGUUCAAACCCUUCGCCGGCUCUCUGCCUUCAACUGCAGUGGCGUUGUUCUCGUGGGGCAUGGGCGCGACCAUGGCGAAAUAUUUGCCAACUCGCACAUUCAAAUUCUUCAAGUGGAAGUGGACCAUGAAUCCUGGACCUUUCCGUAUCAAGGAACACGUCAUGAUCUUCAUGUCGUAUGGAGUCGCAUCAGAAAUUUCCUACGCUCUCGAAGCUUUGUGUGCGCUGCAGCUCUGGUAUGGUCGUGAGCCAUCGCCGUUCUGGGACAUCAUGUACUUGAUGACAUCUGGUUUCAUCGGCUAUGGCCUUGCAGGUCUGCUCCGCGAGCAUUUGGUCUCACCUCCAGCGUUCUACUAUCCCCUGUGGCUUCCAUACGUGGCCUUCUUCAACGGAAUGCACAAGGACUCGGCGAAAGCAAAGCAAGGCAUCAGAGCGUUCUGGAUCGCGGCCUGUGUCAUUUUCGUGUGGACAUGGUUUCCGCAGCUGAUCAUUCCGGUAUUAUCGGCAAUGCCCCUGGUCUGCUGGAUGGGACACGGCAAUGCGAAAGCCUACGUCCUCGGAUCGGGAAACUAUGGCUUUGGAAUUUUAUCGUGGACGCUGGAUUGGAAUUGGAUCGACCCAUACCUCCCUCUCUGGGUCACGAUUACUUCCUAUUCCGGACUUCUGUUCGCAGGAUGGUUCCUGUACCCGAUCUUGUACUAUUCGAACGCUUUUGACAGCUUGAGCUACGGUGCCAUGAGCACGCGAGUCUACCUCGGGAAUGGUAGCGCAUAUCCGACAACGGACAUCCUCACGCCUCAGCUGAGACUUAAUGGUACCGCUUUCGAAGAAGUUGGUCCGCCGCAUUGGUCGACCUCAUACAUCUUCCGAUUCUUCUUCGGCUUCACCGCAUUCGCCGCCUCUUUGAUGUUUGCUGCUCUAUACUACGGCCAAGAGGCAUGGAGAAUUUCCAAAGCCAACUGGAAGGGUGAUUUGGUUGAGUACAACGAUCCUUACCUGGCUCUCAUGGCAAAGUAUCCCAAGGUUCCGCGCUGGUGGUACUACGCCAUUCUCGUCCUUUCCAUCGGGCUGUCGAUGUUGACCUUUUACAUGGGAGGAUUUCAACUCCCAUGGUGGGGUUUCGUCAUCUUCUUCAUCAUGUGCAUUAUCGUCACAUAUCCCAAUGGCGUACUCGUUGCGAUCACAGGCGACUCCCCGGGCGACGCGAUGUUGACGGAUCUGCUUGCCGGACUCCUCUUCCACGGCAAUCCCAUGGCCGUGAUGUCGUGCAUGGCUUAUGCCAAUCCGAUCCUGAGUCACUGUAUCGGCCUCCUGGCCAGCUUCAAGUUGGGAAUCUACAUGAAGAUUCCGGAAACGUCCAUGCUAAUUGGACAGCUAUACGGACAGCUUCUACAACCCCUUGUGAAUUAUGGCAUCAUGAGAAUGAUCUUCAAAACUGUCGAUAUGGACAUUCUGAAGGGAUACAAGGAGUCCGUGAACUGGAACGCGCUGGGUACGCGAGCCUGGUACUCGGCGAGCGUGCUCUGGGGAGUCAUAGGACCGCAGAGAAUGUUCGGGCCUGACUCGGAAUAUCCAUUCAUCUACUAUGGAAUCCUCAUUGGCUUUGGCCUUGUGCUCGCAACCUGGCUCAUUCAGCGUUGGAAGCCGCACUGGAACACCGUGGAGUGGAUGAACGUUCCGACGUUUUUCAACGGAAUGAACGGAAUCCCGGUCAGCCCCAUGACCGGCCCAUUCCCUUCCUUGAUACUUGGAUUGAUCUCCAUGGGUUACUUGUACAGAUACCAUGCCGUGUGGUGGACGAAGUACAAUUACCUCCUUGGCCUUGGCUUGAUCUGUGGUACUGCAAUUCAGGGCGUCUUUCAGACAUUCGCAAUCAGCGUCCCUGGCCUCAGUUUCCCAGAGUGGUGGGGAAACAAUGUCGACUAUCCAGACCGUUGCUUCCCACCCAACGAUGAUCUACCCGUCGCAAUGCAGCAGUGA